UUUCAGGUUAUAGAAUCACUAGGAAUUAUUAUUUAUAAAGCACUGGAUUAUGGCUUGAAAGAGAAUGAAGAGCGAGAGCUCAGCCCUCCCUUGGAGCAACUGAUUGAUCAUAUGACUAACACAGUGGAGGCAGAUGCGACCAAAGAUGAAGGCUAUGAAGCUCUGGAUGAAGUCAUAGAUGAUGAACAUCAAGGCAAUAUUGAAGUUAUACAGUCUUAUAGAGAUGUCAUGAAGCUUUGCGCUGCCCAUCUGCCAACCCAAUCAGAUGCACCAAAUCACUAUCAAGCAGUAUGUCGCGCACUAUUUGCUGAAACAAUGGAGUUGUACACAUUCUUAGCCAAAAUUAAAAGUGCUAGAGAGAAUUUAAAGAAAAUACAGGAAAUGGACAAAGGAAAUAAAGAAUCUAGCACUGACCUUGAUGAAUUAAAAACUGCUGAUUGGGCCCAGUUUUGGGUUCAGGUUAUGAGAGAUUUGCGAAAUGGUGUAAAACUUAAGAAAGUUCAAGAACGUCAGUACAAUCCUCUUCCCAUAGAAUAUCAGCUCACUCCAUAUGAAAUGUUGAUGGAUGAUAUUCGAUCCAAGCGCUACACUUUAAGAAAGGUUAUGGUCAAUGGGGAUAUCCCUCCACGAUUAAAAAAGAGUGCCCAUGAAAUUAUCUUGGACUUUAUCCGGUCUCGACCUCCAUUAAAUCCUGCAUCUGCAAGAAAACUGAAGCCAACUCCACCACGGCCACGUAGCCUCCAUGAAAGAAUUCUGGAAGAAAUAAAAUCUGAAAGAAAACUAAAACCUGUUUCACCUGAUGAGGUCAGGCGUAGCAGGCUAGAUGUACCCACAUCAGCAGCCUCCCAAAGCCUAUUAGAAAGCUGUAUAGCGAAUGGCAGCUUGGAAUCCAAAGCAAAGAAAAAUGGCCUAGGUACAACGAAAUUAACAGUGCAGCGGAAGAGACUUUUGAAAGCUCCCACUUUGGCUGAACUGGAUAGCUCAGAUUCAGAGGAGGAGUCUAUACACAAAUCAGCCAGUAGUGGUAGUGUUUCUCCCUCCCAGAUGGAAGAGGUGUUUCUGGAGACCAUAUCUGGAAAAAAGGUGCCUCCAAAAUUCUUGCCAAUAUCAUCCACACCACAGCCAGAAAGGAGACAACCACCUCAGAGACGACAUUCCAUUGAGAAGGAAACACCAACCAACGUACGGCAGUUCUUGCCCCCCACAAAACAGAGCUCCAGAUCACUUGAAGAGUUUUGCUACCCGGUGGAAUGCCUGGCUCUCACAGUGGAAGAAGUCAUGCAUAUCCGUCAAGUGCUGGUAAAGGCAGAACUAGAGAAGUAUCAACAAUACAAAGAUGUCUAUACUGCCCUAAAGAAGGGAAAGCUCUGUUUUUGUUGUCGCACAAGAAGAUUUUCUUUCUUCACUUGGUCCUAUACUUGUCAGUUUUGUAAAAGGCCUGUAUGUUCACAGUGCUGUAAAAAAAUGCGCCUACCAUCAAAGCCAUAUUCCACCCUUCCAAUUUUUACCCUGGGACCUUCUGCUUUACAGAAAGGAGAAAGCUUUAUGAAGUCUGAAAAAAAUCCCAUCAGCCAUCACAGGUCACUGAAGGGCAUACCAAGGUUGUCCUCAAAGUCAAAGUCUGUAGAUAAGUCAAGCGAAGAAGCAUUUUUUCCAAAAGAACUCAUGGAGGACUGGAGCACCAUGGAAGUGUGUGUGGACUGUAAGAAGUUCAUUUCGGAAAUCAUUAAUUCAAGCCGUCGCAGCCUCUCUCUGGCUAACAAACGAGCCAGAUUAAAAAGGAAAACACAGUCAUUCUACAUGUCAUCUCCAGGCACUUCAGAAUACUGUCCUUCUGAGAGGACUAUCAAUGAAAUCUGAGUCUUGUGCCUUUCUCUUUACAGUAUUUACUCUUCAUGAGAUACUGAGAAAACUCAUCAAAACCAGAGCAUCAUUCUUUCCUUUGUUUUACUUGAUCAUUUAUAUUUUUAUUAGCUUAUUGGUUUCCCUGCUUUAUAUAAUUUACAAAAAAAAUCAGAAAUUGUCCUACCCACCAGGCCAGCGAAUACAUUUGUUUUACUGGAGAAAGCAACUAUAUUAGAUUGUUGUCUACUUGUAUAUGUUCAGUGUACAAAGAAAGUCUUUACUUGUAUUUUUCCCUAUUUAUCUCUUAAUUAUUUUUAAGAUGAGUGUCUAUGUAUGUAUGUAUAUAUAUAUAUGUAGAUAGAACUAAAGAAAAACUAGAUUAUGCUGUUAGUAGUACAUUUGUAAACCAUAUUGGCAUUUGCUACCAAUUAAAUAUUAGUCAUAUUUUGUUACUUGACAUACCUAGUCCCCUAUUGUACAGAACUUGAUAUCUUAUAGUACAAGAUUAAGAAGGAUUUGUUAAUAUGCUGGAAAUGGUUGAUCAAUCCAUACCGUCUCAGUCUUAGUAUAAAAUACUGAAUAAGCUGGAAGCCUGAAUGGGUAAUUAUUUUCCUGCAGCUUCUGCUAUACUAUAAUAAAAUUAGUGUGUUCAAAAUAAUAUUUUUUCUCCUAUUUGGAAUGUACUCUGAAUAUCAGUGGUAGUGUUACCUGUAGCUUUUAUAAAUAAACAAAACAAAACCCUUUAUAGAUGCAGAAUGCAAUAUAAGUUUAGUUUUUAAUAUGAAUGAACUUUUGUAAACUAGUGUUCUCUGGGAAAUAAUCCUGAGAAAGUAAGAUAAAUAAUGUAUAUUUGUUUUAUAGAGCAAUACAUAAGUACUGCUGUAACCAAGAAUAUGGGAGCAUGUCUAUUAUUAAUCCCAUUUUUACAGGGGUAUGUAUCUUGGCUGUAAAGAUUUUUUUCCUGAAAAAAUUUGGGACAAUGUGUCUCGGAUUAAGAAGUGUUUUUGUUUCCUUGUUUUCAAAAGGUUGGAGAAACACUGAAUGUUUUCAAGUUAAAAUACUACUGAACAUCACAUUUUUGCACUGUUUUAUAUCAGAUUUUUUAAACAAGACUGGCGCUUAGUAUGGAAUUGGAUUAUUUUUAU